UCGCCGUUGAACGUAUCUGUGUGUUUAAUUCUGUUCGGCAUGUGGUUAAUAGCUGGGGAUGCCUCGCAGCGGCACUCGACAGCAUUAGCCCGGACCGACCGGGUUAACGUGUAAAAUAAACUUCUACACGAAAUUAUUUUUUUUUAGAUGAAAAUUACACGAUAUUAUAACGUUUGUGUCCUGUAGGAAUCUCCUCAUAGAUUGUAAAUCUCGUUUGUUAGGGGGCUAAUGGCAGGCUAGCCAUUUCUCCUGGUUAACUUUAAGGCACUUGCUGCUAAAAUAUAUGCUAACUUGCUCAUUCGGCUAACUGAUUCGAUUACCCAGGUCAUAGUCGGUGUCAACGGUUUAAUAUAUUCACGGUAUGUUGUAGAUAGAAAACGGGUGGUAGACUGAGGCCGAAGUGACCGACUGAAGGGAGGGAGGGAGGCCGACCCCUGUCAAACCUGUUCGGGCCGAGGUGCUUCAUUCGGAGGCAGAAAGUGACCAUGACUGUGUUGUAAAGUUGACCUUUGACCCGCUUUAAAACACCUCUCACCCACGUCUUUGUCAUUGCGGCUCAGUCACUUCCGUCAGUGGUGCCUUGCCUAGUUUUCAAAUGAACUUUUACCCAUUGAAGUGAAUGCAAAUGCCAUCAAUCCAUUACAAACGCCUCAAAACCACCACGUAUUUGUUGUUUUUUACGUUACGUGUUAUGAAUAAAAAAACAGCACUGUAUUGUAAAUUAUGAACAUAAAAAAUCACACACUGCAAUGGUUGAACGAUUAAAGAUUUCUUCGUAGUCGACUAAUUUAAUAAAAGUCAAGCUGAAGUCACAUUGGUGAUAUUGUUUUCAGCACAGUACAGUUCCCAACCGGUUCCACGUAAAAAGACAUGUUUUGACAGAGGGGCUCAGCAACAAAUAAACACAACUAAUUAAAAUGCAUCUCACUUUUGUCAAUUGUAGUCAAUUAUGUCAUUGUUGGAACGGCCACUUCAACCUGAGUACAAGGCACCAAUAAUUUUUAAAAUCAAGAGAAUGGGUUCCAGAGAAGUUACGUUUUUUGUGAAGGAAAAAACAAUUAUUUUGGGGAAGGGUUUUGUGUGAUAUUGCCAAUAGAAAAUCUAGUAAAAAAAAAAAUAAAUGCCUUGAAAUUUGAUUGAAACAGUAUAGUUUCUCAACAUUAUCGUGACGUUUGAAACGGUAUCACUUACCUUAAAAACAUGAUCUAUUUAACGCAAAUGCAACCUUGUUGGUGAUAAGAGCAAUGUGGACAUUACUGGAUGAGGUAACAGUUCUUUAGUAACCAAUUGUUUCUUUGUUUUUUUUCUUUAGACGCGUUUGAAGAGCACGUUCCAUGUUUUUUUUUUUGUUUUUUUUUUUAAAUUCCACAAAGAUGGCGGCCUCUCGUCACGUAGAGGACUUUCGACUUGUCCAUCUGCUGCCGUCGCCAUACUUUAAGACUAUGGAGUAGCGAAAUGUCCAGCCAACAAGGCGACACAGUCUUCAAAUGGGUCAGACUAUAAAAAUAAGAUGGUUGUGGUUGAGAAUAGCGGUUAGCAUCACUAGCGGCUAUUCAGAUUGCCGUUAGUCUUAAAAGAUUAAUACCAGCUAUACCUCGGGACUGGCGGCAAGGAGCAAGGGAAGGGGCGCAGUCAGACUCCAGCUUCCUUGCCAAAAUGUUAUCUGUACUAAUGCACAGACGACAACUGGGCACUGACAAGAACUUUAUUCAUCAUAGAAGUUGUUCGCUACAACACAUGCGAAAAUCGUGACACUAAAAGUGACACUCUUCGCUUUACGACACUGACGUAAUAGUGUGUUAUAAGAUGGGACAGGCAGGCUUCAAAAUAUUAAGCGUUUCGGUGUUUGACCAUUCCUACUGUUUGUGUCCCACGAGCUGGUCCCAUCUUGGGCUAAUGUGAGACAAUGACACCCAAAGUGGGCUACUUAUGUCCUUCACAAAGAUGGACUAUUGCAAAUGUAAGCAAGGUAUUCAGUGCUUUUUUUGCGGGGGAAGUUUUGAAGACUUCUCUGCCUCAUUUGUGAGCCUAUAGCCACUUUAACUAAUGGGCUCAAAUAUAGAAUGCAUAUUAAAAGAUGUUAAAACGUGUAUGUAAAAUAACAGAUUGAUGAAAAGCAACAGACAGCUCACAAAUGAUUUACCUGGUUGUUUAAUUUCGUACGUGAUGACUGGGCAGGCACUUCAGAGACCCAAAUAUAGUAUUUGUCCACAAUUAUGGUUAAAUAUCCAUUUGUUGCACUAGUGACCAUACCAUAUCUUCAGUAAUAUUGUGGCUUUUAGACUAAGAAACGUGUGUCAAAAAUCAAUCAUUUUGAGCACCCUACCAAAUAGGUGGAAACUGGACAGUGAGGCUCAGCUACUUUGCUUGCCUUCUUGUAACUGUUUGGUUUGCAGAGCGUCUCAACCCAACAGACCGCUGCCCCACGAGAACACGCAAGCUCCUAUGCUUCACGGCAGCUGUUCCUUACAACAGGGGCUUGAGAUGACGGUCUAAAUGAAAAUAUUGACUCUGCCGAGGUGUCCAGCUGGCCCAUGCGUUUUUUAAAAUUUAUUUAUUUUAGUUUUUUUUUUUAUGACCCACCGCCGUCCCUGCGUGACCAGUUGGCCGCCACGUGGCGCCGGGCACAAAAGCCCAGGCGUAGCAAAUGUUGGCUUUCUGUCUUUGUAGCCCCCCCACCCACCACUGCAAGAACACUUAUCUCCUCUUCCCUUGUAACCAUCUGCUUUUGGAUUUCAUGUUAUGCCUUCUAAAUUCACUCAAUAUACACUACUUACAAGGUGUUAGGGAUGUUCGGCUUUCAGGUAAAAUUUCAGGAUGAACCUAAAAUGCAUUAUAACCUUUACAAGUGAACAUAAUGUGACCUUUUCCUAACUUUUGAAUGCACAUGUCCUAACUGUUAAAUGUUUUAUGAAUUUUUGUACAACUUGAUGUUCUCUAACAAGCAACUGAACAGUCAAAUUCAUAGCAGGUGUUUGAUGCAUUAAUCGCCGAAUACAUUUCCUGAUUCAGUUAAAAGUGGUAUUUAAAUAGUCCUCUUCAUCAUGCUGUUAACAAGGUACUGUAAUGCCCUCUCAUGUGGAUAAGGAAAACUAUUUUGCAUGGAUGUCUUCUUUUGAUGAAACAAAAUGUUUAACUUUAUGCUUGAAUAAGAUAUCAUUCCAUUCAAACAUCCUUAACUCCCCUGUUAAUUGGCAUCAAUUCUCAAAAUUCCCAUUAAAGUUUUCAAUUUGAACCAAAAUUACCCAGUUUAAUUCAUGGCAAUUUAUCAAAACAGUUCCCUAAAUGUACAUCAUCAUUGCAAGGCUUCAAACAGGAUUUUCUUAGAGCCAAGUGGCCAUCGAGGUUGAGUGUCACAGAAUAUCAUCAGCAGGUUAUAGCAGAGAUAAUGAGAACUGGAAGAGUAACAGAAAGUCAGAGAAGUGACGUGAGAAUGGCAAGUUGUGCAUUGGUCAAAUUAUGUUCACCUGUUCAGGUUGUAGUGCCUUUUAGGUUCAUCCUGCAGUUUAAUCCGAAAGCCAAUUAGCCCAACUUUUUUUGAGUAAAGCAUGUAUUUCCCUUACUUGGCUGUAAAAUAAAUAAAUAAAGAUUUCUCCGACACUAAACCUGGACUCAGCACCUCGUUUGCAGGCUCAACUUAACAGAAGCGUCUGUCACAGUCUCCCAACAAUCGGUGCUUGUGUUGGUGCUUAAUGGUUAUCUUCUCUGCACUGUGUGUGUGUGUGUUUGUUUGUGUGUGUGAGACUGUUGAAGUCCAUGUCGUGGCUAACUGAGAUGGUCUCAGCACUCCAGACUCUGUGCUGCACAACAACCGGGCCAUUUGUUAUGCCCGUCCGCCCGCACAGCGCUCAUAAUGCCGCGGAGAAAGAGUGUCUUUAUCUGCGUUUCUUUCCGAGAAGCCAUCUCACUCGCAUAGUCUAGGAACUUAAACAGGCUGAAGUCACAGUAUGCUUACAGUAACGCCAUGCCCACCCACAAAGGACUUGACAUUGGGACGUGGUGUCGUACGGACUCUCUUCUGAGACUUCAUUAGUUAUACCUAUACAGUUCUCAAUAAAGUCAGUAUUUCGGACAGAAAAGCAUAGCUUGACGCAUCUGUUCAUAUUAAAAAAAGAAUAAUUCUCCAUAGGUAAUAAUGGAGAUAGCAAUGUACUGUUACAGGGUCUGUGCCCAUAUUAAAACCUUUAACUGUGUACAGGCAAUAUUUUAAGUAGCAUUGCAAUAUGCGUUACUGUCAUACAAGUGUAAAAAGAAGUUUACCACAACUGUACUAAAAUGAAUUUAAAGUAAAACUACUCACAUCGACAUGAAGUGAACCCCCUUCUCGUCGCGAUUAGCUAUUCACAAAUUGACCUAUUCAGCUAUUUGCCCAAAAAAAACGCUGAUUUGCGUACUUUUCUGCUCUUUCUGUAGUGCCCCGAGAUAUCCCACAAUACUGCCAAAGGCCUGGCUCAUAGGAAAGUAGCAAUUGCUGUAGAGGAAGUAUGUUGAAGUGAUAGCACGAAGAUCUUUUUAUGUUGCGGAGAAGCUAAGUUACGCCUUGGUUGUUAGUGGAAGUUAUGGAGAUUACAUUUAGAUGUACACAAGCACUUCCGGUGCAUUAUUUUCAUUAUUUUUUUUAAAAUAUAAUCAUCUGUAAGUCAUUUAGUUUUUAAGGCUAAUCUUGUAAGAUGAAUUUGAAAUUAUAUUAAAGUUUUUCAUGAUAGUUGUGGUAUACUUAUGGUUUAAACUAUUAAUAUAGGCAAUUCUAAAUAAUUUUUUUUGGGGGGGGGCGCGUCAGUCAUUGUUUAUUAGUAAUUAUUUGUAAUUAUUACUCGUGUUUUUUUGCUCUUCAUGACAGGACUCUAUUGUAAUGAGAAGCCAGGCUAAAGAUGUGUGUACUGCUUUCUUACAUUCCUGGAAGUUCCAUUUCUUCUAUGGUGUUCACACUUUUUGCCAUCACUGGUAUAUUUCUAUGGGGUGAGAGAGGUGUAUUUUUCCACUGAAUGUAGGUUAAACUUCAACUUGUGCCGUUUUAAUGUGCAAAUUGUGCAGUUUUAAUGUGUUUCUACUCUAUACACCAAAGUAGUUGGCGUUAGUGUGAUGUAGCGUUCAGGUGUGUGUCAUAUGUCUGCAGGUUAAAUCGUGCUUGUUGCCUUCUUCCACUUCAGCUCCCGCAGGGGUUAACUCACUCGGCAAGGGUUUUUUUUGUCUUUUUUUUUUUUUUGUCAUCGUCUUUCUCCUUUUCACCAUGCUCAAGUGGGCGCUCUGCUUUAGGAGGGAGUGGGAGGAGACUGAGUGGGCCGGCCAGAGGCUUGCCAAAUCAGAUCAGAGCGCAGUUGGGAGGGGAUAGCGGGAAUGAAAAAAGGAGAGCCAGAUAGAAAGCGGUGAAAAAGCAGGAAGAAAGAGGAAGCCUUGGAGUUCUUGUUUGCUCUUCUUCCCCCAGCUCCUGUCCUCUGCUUUUUCGGCCCGAGCAGGCCAGGGAAUGUCCCGGCGGCGCCAUGCCUUACGUGGACCGGCAGAACCGCAUCUGUGGCUUCCUGGACAUCGAGGAGCACGAGAGCAGCGGCAAGUUCCUGCGCCGCUACUUCAUCCUGGACACGCAGCAGGGCAGCCUGGUGUGGUUCAUGGACAACCCGCAGAAUCUUCCAGUCGGCGCGGACUGCGUGGGCUCCCUGAAGCUCACUUACAUUUCUAAGGUCAGCGAUGCCACUAAGCUGCGGCCGAAGGCAGAGUUCUGUUUUGUCAUCAAUGCCGGGAUGAGGAAGGUCUUCCUGCAGGCCAACGAUCAGCAGGACCUGGUGGACUGGGUCAACGCGCUCAAUAAAGCCACUAAGAUCACGGUUCCAAAGGUCUCCGACGGCCAGCAGAAUUCUAAAAACCACAAGUCUUUGCAGGAUGCCGUGGGACCCAAGAAACAAGUGUCCUAUAAGACGGAGAUCAUAGGAGGGGUUCCCAUUGUGACGCAGACUCAGCAUGAAGGUGGCGACGGGGCAGAGCGAGCGGAGCGCGAGGCAAUGCAUCGCUCGCACAGCCAGCUGCCGUACUUUCUGGGCAGGCCAGCCCAGGACCACACGGUCAUCAAGUCGGGCUACUGUGUCAAGCAAGGCGCCGUGAUGAGGAACUGGAAACGGCGAUAUUUCCUCCUGGAGGAAAACUCCAUGAGCUACUUCAAGUCAGAUCUGGAGAAAGAUCCGCUGAGGAUGAUCCCGCUGAAGGAAGUUCACAAAGUGCAAGAGUGCAAACAAAGUGACAUUAUGAUGCGUGACAAUCUGUUUGAGGUGGUCACCACGUCUCGGACAUUUUAUAUACAGGCGGACAGUCCCGAGGAAAUGCAUAGUUGGAUCAAGGCUGUCUCGGGGGCAAUCGUGGCCCAGCGUGGACCCGGGAGGUCCGCUGCCACAGAGCACAGCGGCCGCUCCACAUUCUACCGCAGCCCCGAGGGCCCCCCCGUCCCUCGCUCGCCCGUAUCCUCCACGCCACCCCGCCAGCCAGAUUGGGGCGAUGCCGCCGCCGCCCUCGUCGCGUGCGGCCCACGCUCGCAGCCUGGCGUGGGACAGCGAGCACUUCAUGAGCCUGUUACCCCGGCCCACUCGCAGCCGCACGCCAGCCCGCCUCUCCCUGCAGGAGGCGCACCUGGCAAAGUGAGCCCCUGCGCCGAGGAGUCGCCGUGGCGGCGGCGGAGUGCCCUGGAGCCGCACGUGCCCGAGCCGCCCUUGAACCUGGACGACGCCGACCUGCCAGUGAGCGAGGUCUGAGCAGGACUUGUUAAACAGAAAACGGCUGACGCAAUGAGGAAGUGUUUUAGUGGAGACAAGGCGGCCGGUGCUGAACUUAAAAGCUCCUCCCUUCCUGGUGCUGUCGGUGCUAACACACACACGAAAAAAAAGCCGGGUCAUCCUCUGAACUUGUGUGCAAAGGUGACCCAGUCUUCACCCGCAGUCCACCCGCUCAUUUAUUUACCUUGGCGUAUUUAUUCGGCAAACUAAAUGACUAACGGACCCUUUCCACUGUGACAUCAGACCACUUUAGCUCAGUCUCUUCCUGCAGUUACCUUCACAUCUGCUGCUUGAAUUCACUAAUGGCGUCAUAAUGAAAGGUUAAAAAAAAAUAAUAAUAACUAAAAGAAGCGCUAGACAGGGCGAGGAAAAACAGACAAGUGUGAAAACACAUCAGCUGAGAUGCUAAUAUAGGCAGACCUGCUAGCCAAAGGAGAGAGCUGCUUUUUCAUCUCUGAAUAAGUCAGAUUUUAUCAUACUAAUUAUGAGAAAAAUCCUUGUCUUGGCUGAUUACAGCAGUAGCAGUGGUGGGCUACGUACGGUUCGCUACGUUCUUUAAUGCAGCCCACUGAGCAUUUACAUCAUCAAGUCCUGUCAUAUUUGUUGGAUUAAUUUAGCCCGAAAUUGGUUCAUUUAAAUGUAUUUAUUUAUAAAUGACUUUAACAAUUGGUUAAUUGAUUAAUUUGAAAAAAAAUUCCCACGUAUGUAUGUACUUUAAUAACUGCUUAAUUCUAAUUAAAAUAAUUAUAAAUACAAUUUCAAAAUGAGAAUUAUCAUUUUAUUGUUAGAAUUAAAAAAAACUAAUAUUUACAUCCACUGCGUGUGUGUUUGUUUUAUAUAUAUAUAUAUAUAUAUAUAUAUAUACAUACACACACGCAGUGUGCCCAUGCGUAUUAAAGUUUGACGACCACCCCUGGUCUUUAUCAACCAAAGGAAGCAGUACGCUCGACUUAAACUCGGUCAGAAGGUCAAAGCGCUCACACAGUGCGGAAAUCGACAACACUGUACUUACAAUAAUAUGGCGUUUCAAACUAUUGUCAGUUGUUAUUAAAACAAAUCAAGACAACAAUCCGAGCUGUGACAAUUGGAAUGCUAAUGCUCAACACGCUGGAAUUCAUGUCAUUCAUGUAUUCAAACUCACUUUGUCUUUAUUAAUGUAUUAGCAUCUCCUCACAUUAGCGAAUACAGGUAGUGAAAGAGAAGGUAGCUUGGGGGGGUUUACGGUCCGAUGUCACUAUGAAAAAGGGUCUUACUAUCUUUGGAUUUCGAGGGCAUGUUCUGCUUCACCAGGAUGCACCUCUUUGACCACUAAGUGCCGAGAAUAAAAGGGAGCGUUGAGGGAUCACAAAAAAACAAGAGGACUGAACUUUUCAUCUCUCUAAUGGACCGAGUAUAAAUAAGCUGUGUGGUUCUUACACUCUCUUAACACUGGAUUUAACCCUGUUUUUGUUUGACCAGUGUCACUCUCCAGCCCGCUGUUUGGAUUUUUCACACAGAUCCUGGACUGUUUUCGGACUACCUGCAACUAUGCCUAAUAGCAUAAUUGCCCAAGUCAUUUUUGGGGGUCUUUUGAAGAAGAAAAAAAACAGAAACAACUAGUCCAACAAACGAGUCCAGUUGCCUCUGUUCAACCUUUGCUGAUUACCAUGACAUGGAAUGAUACAGACAUAAAGAAAAAAAAAAGACCAUUUUUAGCAAGCACAUUGGUAUUUUUAUUGAUAGUGUUACAUUAAGUUAAAAAUGACUUGGGCAAAUAAGCUAUUAGGCUAACGAUAUUAAUAAGUUUGUGUUGACACUAAAUGUGUGUGUUUGUGUGUGUGUGUUGCAGCGGUUAAAAGUUUUACGUAUUUCUUCGAGGUCAAUUAGCCUCACCGCUAACAGUAGCACUCCAGUCGCCGAGGCACUGCAAGUUUUUUUUUUGUGUUCUUUGUCGUUUUGCUGUUUUCAUUAAAAACAUGUUUUAAACAGACAAGUAAAUCUUGUACAUUUUAAUGACUCCCCACUAGGGAUGGGCAAAAUCGAUUCAUUGUGCGGUGUUGUCGGUUCAUUGUGUCUUCAAGCCGUUGAGACAAAAUGUAUUGCUCAGCUUUAAAAUUAAUUCUAAACUUAUUUGCUAUGCUGUCUAAAGGGAGCACAAUACAAGUCAAUGAAUUAGCCCAUUUCUAGAUUGUUCAUCCAGAGCCGCUCUUUGUCCGCAUGAGUGCAUUCAGAUUAGUUGUGAUUUAUUUUUUAUUUCUUUUUGUACAUAUAUACAGUAUAGUACAUGUAGGCUUCUUUGCUUCAUUGCCCAAUGUGUUACCGUAGCAGACCCUCUCUCCACUGUGGUCUAAUAUACAGUACUCACCAUUCAAACUUGAUUCAUUUCACAUCUGAAGCUAUUUUAGCAUCCAUUCCAGUCUGAUGUCAUUGCUUUGGAUUGUCUCUAUUUAUUAUGUGGAUUAAAUAAACACAGUAAAAAUGUG